AUGACUACGGCGGGCCCGGGAGGCUAUCGGGUGACAGGGCAGUGCUCUAAGGCCCUCGCUGCAGACUCCCAUUUCAACUUUCUAGUAACCGGCCCCAGGCCCUCCUGCAAAUCGAAUUCUGUCCCUAUGAUUCCUUAUGUCAUCAGCCGUUCACAAGAUAUAAGAAGACGCUCUGAAAUGGAGUAUUCGGCGGACGACAUCGCAGCAGCCGAGAUUAUGCAGUACCUAGCACUCAGCUAUGCUAGCGACAUUCUGGCCUCUCCAAAGUGGAAAUUCCUGCUUCAGUCCCGCUGGAGCAUGGUGAAAGCCCUUUAUAUCAUUGCACGAUAUGUUCCCUUCGUCCUCAUCACUGUGGACGUAUAUCUGAACUUCACCCCGAACGAGAACCCCAAUAAAUGCCGGAUAAUGAUCAUUGUUUACUCAGGCUUUUUUGUCCUCAGAACAUAUGCGCUCUGGAACAGCAACAGAACAGUACUCGUAGGCUCUCUGUCUACCGUCCUUGCUAUCGUCGUGACAUCCAUAACCCUUCGUUUUACGACCGUUGUCACCUCUCCUGGUAUCACAGGCUGUUACUGGACCUCACGCAGUGUCCAAUAUUUCAUGUCCUUUGUUCUCUUGUUUGUAUUUCAACUGGGACUGGUCUCCCUCACACUCAUACGUGUCAUACAGAGUUGGCGGUCAGCCAAAAGUAAACUGCACGCCGUCCUCGUGAAACACUACAUAUUUUACUAUGCAUGCGGUCUCUUUUUCUCGGCCUUGAAUGUCAUCAUGCCAGUGAUAUUUUCCGUCCACAUACUUUACCAUACUCGAAGAGUCUUCAUACUUGCGAACCUCGCCACGCGCAUGCACCUCGAUCUCUGGCAUAUCGAUCGCGAA